UCACCGGUCAAAGGAAAGAGCUGAAGAUGUCGGCUCAGUCAUGUGAUCAGCUGUGUCCAAUCACAGCUGAUCGCAUGGGACAUGUGCACUGAUCAUCAGGCCAGCUCCAGCAGUGCCACCUGUCAGUGUCCAUCAGUACCAGCUGUCAGUGCUCAUCCAUGCCACCUGCCAGUGCCCAUCAGUGCCACAUCAAUGCCACAUUUCAGUGCUUACCAGUGCACAUCAAUGCCACAUAUCAGUGCCUACCAGUGCACAUCAAUGCCACAUGUCAGUGCCCAUCUGGGCUGCCUUUCAGUGUCGCCCAUCAGU